GGGCUCCGCUGGGCUGGGCUGGUUUGUCUUCUGAACGCGGAUCUGCGGAGGGAGUCCGGAGGAGGUGCGACCGCCGGCCGACGUGUGAAAGAGCCGGCGAGGAGCUGCCGGCUCUGCCGCGACCUGCGCCGGAUCCAUCGCGCCUCCUUAUGAAAAUCCCGAAAAAAGAGGCGAACAGAGAGCGCGUUUUACGGCGUUGCUGGCUGGAGGAUGCGAUGUGGGAGCUCGGUCACGGCCGAUGAAGGUUGCGCUUCUGGAGUGUUUUUCCCGAGAUGAUCCGCACAGAGCGGAGCGCCGGUCCCGGACUCCCUGUCCCGAAUCUGCGAUCGCCGGCGCCCUAAGCACCGCAGUCUGCCGUCCGCCACAGGAUCAGCGCGCAGACCCAUUUAAAGCCUUGCUUCAUUUUGCUGAAGUGCAUCGACUCACCUGGGCUGAGGACACCUCGCCUGCUUUUUCCGGUGCAGACAACGCAUGGUGUUCGUUCCCUUAUUGUUAGUUAAUAAAAUAAGAAUGAAAUCGGACAGCAAAUUACCUUCAUGCAUUCCUGACCUUGGUCAUGCUUAAGUUAAUUUAAAUGUCCAUUUUUUGCCCUUUGUUCUUGACACUUUGGUCCUUAAAGAAUGCACAUUUUGAACGGCGACUCCUCUGAUAGCAUGGAGAGGGGCACGCCACAAAGGAAGACUGUAUACCGAAUCUCCCUCACUUUGGUGAAAAGAGAGAGCGUAUCGGCAGCUGGAGACGGAGCGGGCACCCCGGCGCGCCUGGGCCCAGGCGAGCCCCAGACGGUCGCCCGCCAGAAGGACAGCCCCGCGGAGGGCCACGGGAGCUUCCUGCUGGAGGAGCUUAAGGAGGUUGCGGAGGAAACGGACGAUUUUCCAUCGCAGAACAGCAUGAGGACGUUCCGGACCUUCAGUACGGGACGGCUGGAAAUGAGGAGGUUUAAAUUUUCCCGGAAGACGCCUCUCUCCCUCAAAUCGAUGGACCCUGCUCUUUUGGGGGCCCUUACGGCCAAGCAGAGCACCAAUGCCGCAUCCGAGUCCUCUGGGCGGGGGGGUGGCAGGGAUAUUGGCGUGACUGGGAUGGGUUUGACUGAGUCGCAGACGUGCCCGGUGGACUUGCACUGCUCCGACCAGCGCUUGAACAGUCCCGACCCGCUCUUGGUGUCUUCUGCCUCUGUGAGCUCCCCGUUGUCUCAGUCGAAAGGGGGCGUGAACUCAGACAAGACCCCAACCCCCCCAGUGAAGAGAGCCCCCGGCCUGCUUCGACGGAGCUUGAGUUUCCGGCACUGGAGUGGGGGGGAGGUCCUCCGCCAGCACGUGCUUUCUAAGCAGGCCCACCAUCGCAGCUCCAGCUGUCUGGGCCUCGGAGGCCUGGGGGUCACCGGUAAAUCCUCUGGGGAUGUCGUGUUGCAGAAUCCAGCCUUUGACGAGGCCGCAUGCAGGGACGACGGCAGCUCGCCACACGCUGGGGAAGUUCUGGGCCAGACGGGCCCAGGCACACAGUGGAGCAGGCGGGACCUGGCUCAGGUUAAGAACCGGACUCUGGACAACAGUGACCUGCAGAGGCUGUCCGAGAAGAGCCUGGAGGAGAAGGAGAGCUUCCUGAGGGGCAGUGCUGGUGCCAGCAGCCAGGAGCGCUGGCUGACGCGCAUCUUCGGAGGAAUAUUCUCCGUGAGGGAUGCCAGCCUUGUGCCCAGCCCCCGUGCCCUUGAGGGCGGGAAGAGGGGCUUUCUGUGGGCCAGGAAGAGGGCUGCUCUGGGCCACUCGCAGUCCAGCACGGAAAGCAUUGAGCGAGCCUUGCAUGAAGAUGCCUUCGUGAACAGCCAGGAAUGGACCUUGAGCCGAGCAGUACCGGAGCUGAAAGUGGGAAUUGUGGGUAACCUGGCCAGCGGGAAGUCAGCACUGGUGCAUCGAUACCUUACGGGAACAUACGUACAGGAAGAGUCUCCUGAAGCUGACGUGGAUGCAGGAGGACGCUUUAAAAAGGAAAUCGUAGUGGAUGGACAGAGCUAUCUCCUCCUCAUCCGGGAUGAAGGGGGCCCCCCAGAGGCUCAGUUUGCCCUCUGGGUGGAUGCCGUCAUCUUUGUGUUCAGCCUGGAGGAUGAGAUCAGCUUCCAGACCGUGUACCAUUAUUAUAGCCGUAUGGCGAACUACCGCAACACCGCAGACAUCCCGCUGGUGCUGGUCGGGACUCAAGAUGCCAUCAGUGCUGCCAACCCACGGGUGAUCGACGACUCGCGGGCUCGCAAGCUCUCCAACGACCUGAAGCGCUGCACCUACUAUGAGACGUGUGCCACCUAUGGGCUGAACGUUGAGCGUGUUUUCCAGGAUGUGGCCCAGAAGGUUGUUGCUACCCGGAAGAAGCAGCAGCUAUCCAUCGGACCCUGUAAAUCCCUUCCGAACUCACCCAGCCACUCAUCUGUGUGUGCUGCCCCUGUGUCAGCCAUGCACAUUACCCAGGCCAGUAAUGGCGGUGGGGGCAGUUUGAGUGAGUACUCCUCUUCCGUACCCUCUACUCCAAGCACCAGCCAGAAGGAACUGCGUAUCGAUGUCCCCCAGACGGCUAACACGCCCACCCCUGUCCGCAAGCAGUCCAAACGCCGUUCCAACCUUUUCACGUCUCGGAAGGGGAACGAUCCAGACAAGGAGAAGAAAGGCUUGGAGAACCGUGCGGACAGCAUUGGAAGCGGCCGAGCUAUCCCAAUUAAACAGGGGAUGCUCAUGAAGAGGAGCGGCAAGUCUUUGAAUAAAGAGUGGAAGAAGAAGUAUGUGACCUUGUGUGACAACGGCGUGCUCACCUACCACCCUAGUCUGCAUGACUACAUGCAGAAUGUCCAUGGCAAGGAGAUCGACCUCCUACGCACCACCGUAAAGGUACCAGGCAAGAGGCCCCCCAGGGCUGUGUCCACCUGUGCAGCCGUGUCCAGCCCCAAGACCAAUGGCUUGGCCAAAGACAUGAAUAACCUACAGCUGGGCCAGAGCCCUGGCUCUGUCAGCAGCAGCUCCUCUGCCUCCCAGAUGGCCAGUGGUAUCAGCUUGGUGUCUUUCAACACCAGGCCAGACGGCAUGCACCAGCGCUCCUAUUCGGUGUCCAGCGCUGACCAGUGGAGCGAGGCCACAGUGAUUGCCAACUCUGGCAUCAGCACAGACGCCGGGCUAGGAGACUCAAUCUGUUCCAGCCCCAGUAUCUCCAGCACUACCAGUCCCAAGAUGGACCCACCUCCCUCGCCUCACGCCAACCGCAAGAAACACCGGCGGAAGAAGAGUACGAGCAACUUCAAGGUGGAUGGCUUAUCUGGCACGGCAGAAGAACAAGAGGAAAACUUUGAGUUUAUAAUCGUGUCCUUGACGGGCCAGACAUGGAAUUUUGAGGCAACCUCAUACGAGGAGAGAGACGCUUGGGUGCAGGCCAUUGAGAGCCAGAUCCUGGCCAGCUUGCAGUCCUGUGAGAGCAGCAAAAACAAGUCCCGCUUGCCGAGCCAGACCGAGGCCAUUGCCCUCCAGUCCAUCAGGAACCUGAGAGGGAACAGCCGCUGCGUGGACUGCGAUGCCCAAAACCCCGACUGGGCCAGCCUGAACCUGGGCGCCCUCAUCUGCAUUGAAUGCUCAGGCAUCCACCGUAAUCUCGGUACACACCUGUCCCGUGUGCGCUCACUGGACCUGGACGAGUGGCCCCUCGAGCUGAUCAAAGUCAUGUCCGCCAUUGGCAACGAGCUGGCCAACAGUGUGUGGGAGGCCAAUGCCCAAGGUCGCCUGAAGCCUGCCCCUGAAGCUAACAGGGAGGAGCGGGAGCGCUGGAUCCGGGCCAAGUACGAGCAGAGGCUGUUUGUGGCAGCAUUACCGAACCACGAGCUCCCUCUGGGUCAGCAGCUGCUCAGGGCCACGGUCGAAGAGGACCUCCCCAGCGUGGUCCUACUGCUGGCCCAUGGCACACGGGAGCAGGUCAAUCAGACGUGUGGGGAAGGCGAUGGACGCACAGCACUGCACCUGGCCUGCCGGAAGGGCAAUGUAGUCUUAGCUCAGCUCCUCAUCUGGUAUGGCGUCGAUCCUAUGGCUCGGGACGCCCACGGCAAUACGGCGCUGGCAUACGCUCGGCAGGCGGCCAGCCAGGAGUGUGUGGACACGCUGCUUCAGUACGGCUGCCCUGACGAGCGCUUCGCUCUCAUGGCCACACCCAACCUCGCCCGAAAGAACAACAACCGCAACAACAGCUGCAGCAGCAUAGGCAGUGCUUCCGGCCGCAUGCCGACGGUCAUCUGAGCCCCUCACCCAUCUGCUGCGUCUCCACAGACCUCACACCCGGGAGGAGGGGUCUGCAUCACCAGGAAUCAAGAGCAGUAGAUGGCUUCAGGAAACACUACGAUGACGCUGCUGGAACCUCAGAGCAGUGUGUGAUCAAACCGCCUGUAAAUCUCUCCCAAUGGCUACUGGGACUGAUGGGUCUCAUCCUCGUGGGCCUCUGGGCUCAGCCCCAUGUGCCUGCCCCCCCUCCCCCCCAAGUCCUGCUCCUGUCUCACUCAAGGGUCAGGUGCCCCCAUCCCCAUCCUGUUCCUUUAACCCCAACACCCCCCCCCCACAGGUAGACUUGUGGAGUCUGGGAGUAUAAAUAGUGCCACCUGUAGCAUGUACUAUGGAGAACUAGUGACUAAUAUUACACCCUCCCCACACCCUUUAUAACCCCUACCACCAUUUUAUGACUUUUUCAUGACAAAAUGCAAAAAAAAAAAACACCAAGCAAUGUUUUUCCUCAGUAGAAGUGACUAAAUUAUAAAGUCUUUGUUUAAAUUCUUUGAUUUUAACAAUACAUGGUAAGCAAACUGUAGAGGGAAGUCGUGUGUUUCUAGAGUCAGCGUGCAUGAUUAACCACUUUGUUUGUGUUUGAAUGUGGGCGGGACGCUCUCUGUGUCCUUAUCGUCAUGUACCCAAUGCUUGGUCCCGCUGGACUGGACCCUGUUGUCACCUGUCAGAGCCUCAGCACUCAGACCCAAUCUGAGUUCCAGGUUCUGGGACCCUGUUCUCACUACACAUGAUGCUCUGUCAGGCACGCCUCUCCACCACCAUGAGAGAGAGGGAUUGUGUUACAUUAUUGUUAUUGUUCUUCCCAACUGGUAGUAAUAAUAAUAAGAAGAAUAAUAAUGCUGUUGUUCUUUGCUGAUCACAUUUCUUUACUGAAAAGUCAGAGAGGAAGCGUUUCUCCCUUUGACGUAAUGUUCAGGCCAGUCUGUAGAUCUGGGUGGGAAACUUUUGUAAUCCUGUAGUAUUAGAGCCCCAGUUUCCCAAAGAGACUUGUGGAAAGUCAGCUUUGCUCUGCAGCCAUAAGUUCACCAGCAGCAAACCUACAAGGCCUUUACUCUCCUCCUUUACUUCUCUUCUAUUCUCUCUUUUUACUCAUCUUAUAUUAUUCUUUACUACUCCCUUAUACCUCCUAUACUGCUCCAUACUAUUGUUCAACUUUACCCCUUUACCCCUCACUUAGUAUUCUACUUCCCUUUACUCUUCUGUUCCUCCUCUGCUCCAUAUUUACUCCACCCUUACUCCAGAUUUAAAUCUCCCAUUACUCCAUUAAGAGCUCCUAGGUGACUGGUGUCAGGAUUUCUUUUUUUCUUUUAAUGACAAACUACAGAAGUGGCACGGACAGUUCACGAGAACUGCAUUUUUGGAACUCAGCCUGGUCGAGCAUGGCAGACCACAGGGGCGAAGCCUGCCUGUUUGCUGUGAGUGUAGCUUCCACCCGCCUCUCCACCUGCCCCUCCACCCUUUGUCUGGGUUCCUUUAAAUGCCACUCUUUUACUCUGGUACCUGAAUACCCUUUAUACCAUGCAAAGGGCUUCUCCGGGUCUGACUUCUGGGCUACUGAUGUGUCCUUACUCAUCCUUUUUUUUCUAAACACUUCAAGGAUGAUGUAAUAUAAAUAAAAAAACCUUAAAGUAUUUUGGGUUGAAGUUAGCGUUUGAGUGUCCCUAAUUUAAAGCUGAGUUUUGCAUUCUUGUUCAGUCAGUCUGCUCAUGGACAUCCCAUGUUAAUGCUGUCCUUUUCCUGACAUCUGUGUAACCCGACUUCAAUUCAGUGACCUUUUUUUCUUUUUUUUUUUGUAUAUUUUGUUCCCCCACCCCCCCCCCCCCUCCUCCCGCCUUCCGUUGCAUAUUCUUAAAAUGGCACUAGUGUGAGUUGUUUUUUUAGCAUGAAAGACACCCUUCCGUGAUUGAAGGUGUGGUUUAAAAAUGACUUAAUCGAAAGUUGCAGUGUGUGGGAAUUGCCAAGCAGCCAGCAGAUUUGAGGCAUAGGCUUGUGAAGGGUUUGGGAGUGUUGAGCGCUUGUCUGCCUGUGAUUGGAGCAGAAUGUGAAGCUGACAGAACUGCUCAGAUGUUUUGGGGAACAUUAUGUUGUUUUGAGGUGAGUCUUAAAACUGAAUGCUGUCUCAGAGCUUACAGGCUAAGUCCCCAUUAGCUCCAGCUUCUGUCCAUGGUUUUGGCAAAGAGUGCAGGUCCGGCAUUAACUGAACAGUGCCGGCCUCCCCUGUGUAUUUAAAGUUGUUUUUCAUAACUGUGCUCACCCUGUAGAUCCCUAUACAAUAGGUGUGUGUGUGGGGGAGGAGGGUGAGCCCUCUUAAACGGCCCUUUGUGACUAAACAUGUGGCCUGUUUGGUGAUAGACCCUAACUCACAUCCACAUCGUGGAUGCUACCAGUCUACGAUGGUCCACCCCCAAAACAGGAAGUUCCAUUAUGCCAGGUAGUUCCAUGUCCGUUCAUGACCUCACCAGGGAUUCAGGACAGGAGUUGUUUUGGAUUUGGUGGUGAUGCAGGCGGAAGUUAGAAGACCCUCGACGAAGUGUGUAGCCUAUCCGCAACCUCCAGUGUGCGGACACUUUGCUACCCAAGAAGUGUCCCCCAGGUGCCCCUCCUUUCACCCCCCCACCAUCCUUUCUUAUGUUGACGUAGAUGUGCAGAACUUUUAACAAUGCAGUCAACAUUUUAAUUGUUGUUUUAAUGUUUAUUACCUCAUUUCCUGUCUGUCAGUAUCCAUAAUGUACAUCCAAAGUCAGAUUACUGAUCCAUUAUUUAUGUUUGUAAUGUGUCCAAAUUAUUAUUUGUGUUUUAUAUUGGUCAGUUAUUUUUUUUUGUUCUGUAUUAUUACUGAUUAUCAUUAUUAUUAUUAUUAUUGUUAUUCUAUUGCGUUUGUCAUCUGUACAGAACUGCGUUAAAAAUUAAACCUUUCUGUAAUGUGUCUCCUUUCAAUAAAGAAAAUAAUGCUUCUUGA